AUGGCGGAGUCCAAGAGCUUGGAAUCGCCGCGUCAAGUGGAUCGGCCCAAGUCUGGCUACCCAGAAGCACACCAUGAAGAUACCUCAGACUCGGAUGACCAGUUUAUCGAUGCCAGAUCAGGGCAGACCACUCCAAACAUUCGAUCCCCCACUCCAAAAGCGAACACGAAGCAAAAAGAUGCAAUUCGCGAAGAGAAACCACCACAGGACAGCGAGCACGAGCAAGAGGAAGUGGAACACAAGGUCGAAGAGGUUCGCAAUCGAAUACAUGACAAUGUAGACGAAGGAGUAGAAGAGAAAGAGGCCGACAUCUCCUCCAAGGAUACCGACAAAGACGAGGAAGACGAAGAUGACGCCGACGACUUUGGUGACGACUUUGACGACUUUGAAGAGGGUGGCGGCGCCGACAAUGGCUUCGACGACUUUGACGAGAGCGACUUUGCUCAGCCAGAACCAGCCGCGAUGCAACCACAGACGCCAGUGACACCUCAACAUAGGCCACUCCCGUUUGCUAUUCCCGAUUUCGACGGUCUCGGUCCAGAUGAAGUCAUCGAAGCAACAGAAGAUAUACUAUACACGUUAUACCCUCCUGAGAUGCUCGAAGUCCCUGCACCUCAGGAACUUCCAAAAGAUGCAUCCGUGUUCAUCAACCCGCGUUCCGCCUCGCUAUGGUCGCAACUCGUCGCGCCUCCGCCCCUCGCACCACCCGACUGGAUCCGCUCGCGGACACGGCGUCUCUUCCUCGUAUCGCUCGGCGUUCCCGUGGACCUUGACGAGAUCCUGCCAGCUUCGAAGCAAAAGAAGCUGAUAUUGCCCUCGCUCAACCUCAACUCUUCGUCGCCGCGUGCAUCCAGCGACGCCCGCGGGAACGGAACGUCGCGGUUGAAGCAGGGCGACGGCAACGCAUCGUCAACGUCUGUCGACUCACAAGACAGGCCGUCCGCGUCAAAGACGCGCAGAGGACUGCCGGCAGAGCCCGAUCUGGAUCUUGUGGCCGCGCGCUAUCUUUGCAACACGACGGAUGAGGCUCUCGGCGGCAUGACGGACGAAGAGCUGAAGGCGCACGUCGCGAAGCUGGAGGCCAUGCAAGGCGCUGCCAAUGAUGUGCUGGAAUACUGGAAGAAGCGGACUGACGAAAAGCUUGGUGAUCGAGAAGCAUUUGAAGGCGUUAUAGAAAAUUUGGUAAAGCAUGCUCGAAAAGUACGGAAAUAA